UUUAAUUGAGGAAUAAAUUGAGCAUGUUGGCCUAGUUACACGCAUGUGGAAUACGAAUUUCCAGUUACCCUGCUCGUUGGCCAUGACGUCUAGUAGGCUAGGGCGCUAGCUACCUCGGCAUCAUCAUUUACCAUGCGAAUUGUCCUUGUCUAAUGCGCCCGUUGCAUUCGCAGUGCCUUCAGACCGUCGCCGUGUCGCGUUCAAUGGGGGUACACGCUUCUGCGGCAUCGGCAUCGGCAGUGCACAAAAGGCGCAUGGGCCACUUAUGGAGUGCCUCUCCGCUGCACCGCCCUAGCCCCUUGGCCCAUAAAGCGCCCACGCGCCCGCUUCGAGUGGCUUUAAUUGUGAAUUAAGUCGGUAUUGUGGGCUACACGUGUAGACAGAGCACGACAGAGAUGCAGCGAACGAGGGGAUAUGUAUAGAAAGAGAGAGAAAUAGAUAAAGAGAGAGAGAGAGAGAGAGAGAGAGAUUCAGGUAGUUAGGCUGGCAAUGCCGAGGCUAUUGUGCAGGAAGUGCGCUAACUGUCCCCGCCAUUGUCCUUUAGUUCGUAUUUUAUUUACACCGUUAAGCAGCAUAAUUGUCGCUAUUUUUGUUCCACUCGAUGCGAGGCAUUGUCAAUGCCAGUGACACCGUUCGAGAGCUUUGCUUUGAUCCCGAGCAAAGGUUGUCUCACGGCCAUCAAUCGAUCUACGGCAAGCUCUUUAAGUACUCAAGAUGAUAUUCCCCUCGUUGCAGAAGGAAACAAUCUGUAGACAUGGUAGCGCAAAUCAUUCUGCUGGUCAUAUGCUGCAUUUGCUUGAAACACUUUGCCAAGGGUGAAUUUCAACAAAGUCUGGCUAUAACCGACAUCCUGCCGGAGGACAUCAAGCGCUAUGACAAAAUGCGCCCGCCCAAGAAGGAGGGGCAGCCCACCAUAGUUUAUUUUCACGUUACUGUCAUGGGCCUCGACUCCAUCGACGAGAACUCCAUGACCUAUGUGGCGGACGUGUUCUUCGCGCAAACCUGGAAGGAUCAUCGCCUACGACUGCCCGAAAAUAUGACGCAAGAGUAUCGUCUGCUCGAGGUGGACUGGCUGAAGAAUAUGUGGCGACCCGAUUCCUUCUUCAAGAAUGCCAAGUCGGUUACAUUCCAAACUAUGACCAUUCCCAAUCACUACAUGUGGCUCUACAAGGACAAGACCAUACUCUACAUGGUAAAGCUAACGCUAAAGCUAUCCUGCAUCAUGAAUUUCGCCAUCUACCCACACGACACACAGGAGUGCAAGCUGCAAAUGGAGAGCUUAUCUCACACAACGGAUGAUUUGAUCUUUCAAUGGGAUCCCACCACGCCGCUGGUGGUGGACGAGAACAUUGAGCUGCCGCAGGUGGCGCUGAUACGGAACGAGACCGCGGACUGCACCCAGGUCUAUUCGACGGGAAACUUUACGUGCCUGGAGGUGGUGUUCACGCUGAAGCGGCGCUUGGUCUACUACGUGUUUAACACCUAUAUACCGACCUGCAUGAUAGUGAUCAUGUCGUGGGUGUCCUUCUGGAUCAAGCCGGAGGCGGCGCCCGCUCGUGUCACGCUGGGCGUGACCUCGCUGCUCACGCUUUCCACGCAGCAUGCGAAGUCGCAGUCGUCCUUGCCGCCCGUCUCCUAUUUGAAGGCUGUGGAUGCCUUCAUGUCCGUCUGCACGGUGUUCGUCUUCAUGGCCCUCAUGGAGUAUUGCCUGAUAAAUAUUGUGCUCAGCGACACGCCCAUACCUAAGCCCAUUGCAUACCCGCCCAAGCCCGUGGCGGGCGAGCCAGGCAAGAAGGAGGCGGAAGGAGGAGCAGCAGCCGGCAGCAAUGCCGCUUCGAAUAAACAGCCCACGAUGUUGCCCCUGGCGGAUGAGAAAAUUGAAAAGAUUGAAAAGAUAUUCGACGAGAUGACCAAAAACAAGCGCAUUGUGACCACAACACGGCGCGUGGUGCGUCCACCCUUAGAUGCGGACGGUCCUUGGAUUCCGCGCCAGGAGUCGCAUAUAAUAUUGACACCAACCAUACGGCCGCCACCUCCGCCGCCGCCAGCACCGGAGCCGGAGUUGCCAAAGCCGAAGCUGACGCCAGCCCAGGAGCGUUUAAAGCGCGCCAUCUACAUCGAUCGAUCAUCGCGUGUGCUCUUCCCGGCUCUAUUUGCCAGCCUCAAUUGUAUCUACUGGAUUGUGUUUUACGAGUAUCUCUAAGAUACUAUCUACUAUAUCUACUGUAAAUAUGAUAUGCACUCCUCUCUCUCUCUCUCUCUCUCUCUCUCUCGCUCUCUGCAAGUCGUACAACUUUAUUGAAUGUUAAUUGUUCGCAAAAUAUAUGAAUAUACAAAAAUAUGUAGGAAAAAAUCUUAAGCUUAGACACAAAAGCUUUAAGUCAACGAAUUUUAAACUGAAAGAUCAAAAGAAUUAUUGUAGCAAAUCGUUGCUAACACUCUAUAAAGUAUCUCUCUAUAUAUACAUACAUAUAUACAUAUAUAUAUAAAUAUGAUAAGCAUAUGAAUUCAAUUCCUAAAUGCUUAUGGUUAAAACAUUUCAAUGGCAUUGUAGUCGUAGCCUAAUUCUUAAUGCUAAUUUAAUGUCUUACAAGCUGCUUUUAAUUGUAAAUAAAAUGAAUUAAGUUAAUAAAUAUAUAAUGAUAAUAAUAAAAAAUUAUAAAUGGAUAGUAUUUCACAG